GGACAACACGGGCGCUCAGAGGAGAAGAAGACCAUGGCGGGGCAACAGCUGUAGCAACCCUUCCCUCCUGGCCCUCACACGCACUCCAAUAGCCCUCGCCGUGCAUGCAAAGUCUCGGGGCCACUGUGGGCGUCGUGGGUGGAGGCGUGGGCGUGGUGACCGAGGGCGUGCGGGCGGGCAUAGCGGGUCUCAUGUCUCUGGCUGCUACGGGCGCCUCCCUGCCCUCUGAGGGUGGCGGGGUAUUCUGCAUGACCUUCAACCAGGACUAUACGUCGCUUGGAGUGGGAACGAGAAUUGGGUACCGUCUCUUCUCCCUCACCACUCUGGACAAACUGGAGCUGAUCUGUGACAAUGGUAAUGAGGAUACGUGCAUUGUGGAGCGGCUCUUCUCCAGCAGCUUGGUGGCGGUGGUGAGUCUGUCAUCGCCCCGGAAGCUGAAGGUGUGCCACUUCAAGAAGAACUCGGAGAUAUGCAACUACAGCUACCCCAACACAAUCCUGGGCGUCAAGCUGAACAGGGCGCGGCUGGUGGUGUGCCUGGAGGAGUCCCUGUACAUCCACAACAUCCGGGACAUGAAGGUUCUCCACACCAUCAGGGACACCCCGCCCAACCCCACCGGCUUGUGCGCUCUCUCCAUCAGCAACGAGAACUGCUUCCUUGCAUAUCCCGGCUCCAACAGUAUUGGACAAGUUCAGAUAUUUGAUGCACAGAACCUGCAAGCCAAGAUCAUGAUCCCAGCUCACGACAGUCCCCUAGCAGCUAUAUCCUUCAACGCCUCAGGAACCAAGAUUGCCACAGCCUCGGAGAAGGGCACGGUGAUCCGGGUGUUCAGCGUGGCGGAGGGGGCGCGCCUGCACGAGCUGCGGCGUGGCAUGAAGCGCUGCGCCACCAUCUUCUCCCUCGCCUUCUCCCCCGACUCCCUCUUCCUCUGUGCCUCCUCCAACACCGAGACUGUUCACGUCUUUCGCCUGGAGGAGAUCAAGGAGACGCGUCCCCCAGUGGUAGAGGAGCAACAGGGCCUCAUGGGGUGGAUGAGCAAGGCGGUGUCAGCCUCGGCGUCGUACCUGCCCACCCCCGUAGCGGACAUGAUGAGCCAGGGGCGUGCCUUUGCCACCGUCACGCUGCCUUUCCAGGGGGUCCGGAACGUGUGCGCUAUUGCCACGAUACAGAAGCAGACGAGGGUGCUGGUUGCCUCCAUGGACGGCUACCUCUAUGUGUACAACCUUAACACCAGCGAAGGGGGGGACUGCGCCCUCAUCAAGCAGCACAGGCUGGAUGGGACCGAGGGGGGCGUCACCACUGGGGAGGGCACUGCCGCCGCCGCCGCUGCCCCUGGACCCUACCCUGGGGGGGCCAAAAAGACCGAACCAGUGAGCUCGGGAGGCGGAGGGGAAGGCAGCUAUGCAGGAGUGGUGAGGGGGCCUGCGGUGACCGUGAUGACAGAGGCCGACAAGAUGAGUGAGAUGGCGGCGGCUUGUGAGUCACCCCCGAAAAGUGUCCUGAAGUUUGACGAUGAUAAUGAGUUUCCUCCCGUCUAAGGCCAUCAGAGGAGGAGGAGGAGGAGGAGGAGGAGGAGGAGGAGGAAGGUUUGAAGGUGGUGGUGGUGGUGGUGGUUUAGGUGUUUUUUUUUUUUGUGUGAUUUUUUUUUUCUCGUUUUCUUCCUCUUCCUCCCUCCCUCCCUCCCUUUAUUUCUUGUCUUUUUGUUUUUCUUUUUUCUUUAUCCUUCAUUUUUUCUUCCCUUCUUUCUCUUUUUUCUUUCCUUCCUUUCCUUCUUUUUUAUUUUGUUUUAUAUAUUUUUUUUCUUGUCCCUCUUUUUCCUUCCUUUUCCCUCCAUUUUCCUAUUUCCGUUUCUUCUUUCUUUCCCUCUUUCCUUCCUUUCCUUUGCAGUUUCCCUUUUCCUUUCCUUUCCUUCCUUCCUUCCUUCCUUAUUUCUUUUGCAAUUUCCAUCCUUUGCUUUUCUUCUCCUUCCUUUCUUUCUUCCUUUUCCUGUGUCCUUUCCUUUCUUCCUUUUUUCCCCUCUUCCCUCUUUCCUCACCCUCUCUCUCUUCUCCUCUUCCCUUCAGAGGAGAUAUUGGUUUUCUUUCACAUUCUGAUGUCUGUGGAGGAGGGAAGGAGGAAGGGAGGAAGAAAGGAGGAAGAGGAGGAGGAGGGGAAGAGUUUAAUGUGUUUUUUGCACUUAUGUGAACUUUUGAAAAUCACACAUAUACCACAUUAAGAGGAGGAGGAGGAGGAGAAGGAGGAUCAGCAUUGUAUAUUGUAUUGGGUCAAAUAUUUGCCAGAGAUUGUGAUUUUGAGGAAGAAAAAAAGGAGAAGGAGGAGGAGGAGGAGGAGGAAGAAAUAAGGACAAAAAAAUGUAAGGGAAGAGGAUGUUAUAGAGAAGUAAAAAGAAGAUUAGAAAAAGGGAAGAUUUAAAGGAAGAAGAAGAAGAGGAGGAGGAGGAGGAAGAUCGGAAAGUUAGUGAGAAGAAGAAGUAGAGGAUAUGAGGAAAGGGGAGUUAGAAGAGAAGAUUAGAAGAAGGAGAUGAAAAAAAGAAUGAAAGAAGGAGGAGGAGGAGGAGAAGAGUAGGAAAUUUAAAGAAGAGGAGGAGAAGGAGGAGGAGAAAAAGGAGAAGAGUAGAAAUAAAAAUAAAAAAAGGAGAAGGAAAGUAGGAAAUUUAAAGAAGACAAGGAGGAGGAGGAGGAGGAGGAGGAGGAGGAGGAGGAGAAGAGUAGGAAAUUUAAAGAAGAGGAGGAGAAGGAGGAGGAGAAAAAGGAGAAGAGUAGAAAUAAAAAAAAAAGGAGGAGAAGGAAAGUAGGAAAUUUAAAGAAGACAAGGAGGAGGAGGAGGAGGAGGAGAAGAGUAGGAAAUCUAAAGAAGAAGAGGAGGAGGAAGAAGAGGAGGAGGAGGAGGAGUUAGUCUGCAAUCAUGAAUGUUCACUCGGGCAGACUCAAAAAAAAAAUGUACAGUGUAUUUUUUUCUUUACAAUCUUAAGCAUAUUUUUUUUCAUAGUUCUGUAUUUUACCUUCAUUGUCUUUGUAUUCUCUCACCCCGUCACAUAUUUUCCCUUCAUAUUUUUUUAGGGCCUUGUAGCGAAGAGCAGUAGUGAGUUUAGCAGCACUUUGUAAAAAAAUAAAAAAAAUCAUUGCUAGCUAAGAGAGUAUUUAUAUAUGGAAAAAGACGGAAGGAAGGAAGAGAGGGAGGGAGGGAAGUAACUCGUAUGCACAUUAUAUUCUAUACAUAAAGUUACGAUACUUAGGUCGAUCGCGAUGGGUCGUUUCCGAAGUCCAGCUCGUGUCUGUCACCCGCCCCCCGAACCUAACUAACCUGCAGGCUGGUUUGGUGUUUAUAUCAACCGUCGGACUGCUUCAAGUGCAUAAGCUUCCCUAGUCACCAAAUACCAUACAAGGACUUUUUACUUAGUUGUCAGUCCUUAACCCUUUCUUUGCGCUUAGUGUGGGACAGCCCAAUGGGGGGUCUCUUUUGACCUCUGUAUCUCAAGAACUAUUCCUCACAGCUAAAAACCAACUCUUCUGUGAACGUACAUACUCGUUCAGGGAGUGUCGAAUGUGAACACUUACGUCAGUGCGUGCGUGAUGAUCAGCCACUUUGAGGGAACUGCAGACAUCUCUCCUUGAGGUUCUGGCAAGGUAGUAUUGCCAACUGCAAUAUUUACAAUUAUUUAGUCAAAGAAUCAGUCAGGUGAUAGGUGAAGCUAUGCAAAAAUGCCACUAUAUUGGAAAAGAACAUCCACCAGUUACUUGUCCGUAGAUUUUCCACGCUAGGCUGAUAUAAUUUUCCACCAAAUUUAGUGGAGAACUCACUCCAUUGGCAAUCCUGUGUUGUGAGAAAUAUUGUUGAAACACUCAUACGCGGGAGAUUUGAGUGCGGGUGGAGCUCACAGUAAGCGUUUAGCACCACCAGCAAAUACGCCUGCCGCUCACUGCAAGCGUUUAUCAAUGAAAGGGUUAAUAGAGUCUCAAACUAAUUUACUGGGCUGCUUGGUUUUCUAUCAGGUACCAGACUACACAAUUUCUUGCAGUAUCUUCAAGUGCAUCAGUACCAUACAAGGACCAUUUACCUAGUCUAUGGCGCUUAAUAGUAAGUUCAAUAACUCUUCCGGUCUGUUUGUUUUUCCUUGAACCGCCAGACUACAGAAUUUCUCGCAGUAUAUCUUCUCUAUGUAUAUCCGCCCAGUACCAUACAAGGACCCAUUACCCAGUCUUCGGCACUUAAUAGGAAGUUAAAUUUAUACCACACAAGAAGGUUCCAAGUCUUCGGCAAGUCGAGGCGGUCCUCCGAGGCUAGGUUUCGGCACUUAAGGGGAGACCAAACCAACCUGGAGCUCUGUUUGGUGUGGGUGGUGACGGAGACUUGCUGUUGGACUGAGGUGCUGCCCCUGUGUGUGUGUGUGUGUGUGUGUGUGUGUGUGUGUGUGUGUGUGAGGCCAAACCAGAUAUGUACCUUGGAUUGUGUGACUUAUACAGUGAUCAGUGUAUGUGUGUGUUUGUAUAUGUCUGUGUGUGUGUUUGUUUGUUGCACUGCCUGGCAUGUUUUUUAUUCACCUGUUUUUUAUACUUUAAUUGCUACAACUUCACCAUUUUUCCAUUUUGUCUUGUAUUAAUCUGUUUCCUCUUUUUUUUUCUUUUUUUUUUCCCCUUCCAUCUAGCAUUCAUCUGUAUUUCCCUCUUUGUAUUUCCCUUUUUCCUUCUUUUCUUCAUUCUUUCCUCUUCUGUUCUCCCAUAAAAUCACACUUUCCUAUUUUUUCCCCUUCCAUCUAUGCAUUCAUCUGUAUUUCCCUCUUUGUAUUUCCUUUUUCCUUCCUUUCUUCAUUCCUUCCUCUUCUGUUCUCCCAUAAAAUCAUACUUUCCUAUUUUUUCCCCUUCCAUCUCUGCAUUCAUCUGUAUUUCCCUCUUUGUAUUUCCCUUUUUCCUUCUUUUCUUCAUUCCUUCCUUUUCUGUUCUCCCAUAAAAUCACACUUUCCCUAUUUUCCCUUUUCUUUCAUUCCUCUUUCCUCUUCUGUUCUCCCAUAAAAUCACACUUUCCCUAUUUUCCCUUUUCUUUCAUUCCUCUUUCCUCUUCUGUUCUCCCAUAAAAUCACACUUUCCUUUUUCCCCUUCUUUCAUUCCCCUUUCCCUCUUCCUGCUCUCCAUUCCAUCCAUUGCUAUAACUUCACUGUUUUUCCAUUUUAUCUUGUGUUUAUCUAUUUCCUCUUUUAUUUCCCCUUCCAUCUAUGCAUUCAUCUAGAUUUUCCUCUUUCAAUUACCCUUUUUCCUUCCUUCGUUCGCUCUUUCCUUUUCUGUUCUUCCGCAAAACCUCACUUUCCUAUUUUCCCCCUUUCCUCUUUCCCCCUUCCUCCUCUCCAUUCCCUUCCUCUCCCAAUGAAAGUGUGUGAGCGUGUGUGCGAGUGUGCGAGUGUGAAUUUCCUGAAGAGAAAAUAAGGGCUAAAAAUUGUGAUAGUUGUACUUUUAAUAAUGACGGCAAAUUUCAAUUCACUCAUCCUUCAAGACAAACUUAACAUUAUUUUUUGUGUGCGUGUAUAUACAUGUGAUUAAAACGAAUUGAAUUAA